AUGUCAGACUCACCGCAGCAGACUCAGGACUUUCAGUCCAUCAACGCUGCAGUUGGGGCCUCCAUGGAAAAGGCCAUUUCAAAAAUACUGACGCACCUUCCUCCGGAAAACCCCACCCAACCUAUGGGGGUGACGGCCCAAGACACGGAGGAUGUUGUGGGCUCGAAGUCUCUAUCAAAGGCCUACCACCGCUACCCAAACGACACAAGAAGGGCUUAG